CGGCCCGCCCACUUUAUCCAUUUCUAAUCCCUAUCCAAAUCAACCUCAUCCACGUCGUGCCCUUGACCAAAGGCAACACACAGCUCAUCAGCAAAGCCAGCUAGCCACCCCUCGUCUCCUUUCUUUCCCAACGACCCUCGACCUCCGCAUUCUUGUCGGUGCGCGCAGAGCUGCGAGACCAAUUCAGACAUGGCCGCCGCCCCUCAGACCCUCUACGAGAAGAUCUUCAAGUCCCACAUCGUUCACGACGAUGGCAAGGGCAAUAUCCUCCUCGCAAUUGACCGGCAUCUCGUCCAUGAAGUGACAUCGCCCCAGGCAUUUGAAGGUCUUCGCAAGGCAGGACGCAAGGUCCGCCGAGUAGACCAGACGCUCGCCACCGUUGACCACAACAUUCCUACCAUCAGCCGCAAGACGUACAAAGACACAAAGACGUUUGUCGAGGAGUCCAACUCGCGAACUCAGUGCCUCACCCUCGAAGACAACGUCAAGGAGUUCGGACUCACCUUCUUUGGGCUGACUGAUAACCGUCAGGGCAUCGUCCACGUCAUUGGGCCCGAGCAGGGCUUCACGCUCCCCGGCGCUACCAUCGUCUGCGGUGACUCGCACACCUCUACCCACGGAGCUUUCGGCGCUCUCGCCUUCGGUAUCGGUACCUCGGAGGUCGAGCACGUUCUUGCUACCCAGACGCUGCCACAGAAGAAGGCGAAGAACAUGCGCAUCCAGGUCGACGGUCAACUCGGUCCUGGCGUCACGUCGAAGGACAUUGUUCUUCACGUCAUCGGUAUCAUCGGCACUGCUGGUGGGACUGGAUGCGUCAUCGAGUUCUGCGGCAGCGCCAUCCGCCAGCUCUCGAUGGAGGCCCGUAUGUCCAUCUGCAACAUGUCGAUUGAAGGAGGUGCUCGUGCUGGCCUCAUUGCACCCGAUGAAAUCACCUUCGAGUACAUCAAGGGCCGCCCUCUGGCCCCCAAGGCGGGCAAGGAAUGGGAGGACGCCGUCGCUUACUGGAAGACGCUGCCAUCCGACGAGGGCGCAAAGUACGACGUCGAGGUCAAGAUCGCCGCCGAGGACAUCCCUCCCACACUCACCUGGGGUACCUCACCUCAGGAUACCGUUGCCAUCACUGGUGUUGUCCCCGACCCCUCGGACGUCCAGGACGAGAAGCGUGCCGCAACGAUUAAGCGCUCCCUCGAGUACAUGGGUCUCACGCCAGGAACACCCAUGGAGCAAGUCAAGCUGGACAAGGUCUUCAUCGGAUCGUGCACCAACUCGCGUAUCGAGGACCUGAGAGAGGCGGCCAAGAUCCUCUACGGGCGCAAGAUUGCUUCUCACAUCUACGGCAUGCUGGUGCCUGGCUCUGGGCUCGUGAAGAAGCAGGCGGAGGCAGAGGGGCUCGAUAAGAUCUUCACUGCAGCAGGCUUCGACUGGCGUGAGGCUGGAUGCUCCAUGUGUCUCGGCAUGAACCCUGACCAGCUCGCCCCGGGAGAGCGAUGUGCUUCGACGUCGAACCGCAACUUCGAGGGACGUCAAGGUGCCGGUGGCCGCACCCACUUGAUGUCACCAGCCAUGGCCGCCGCCUGCGCCAUCACAGGCUACCUGACAGACGUGCGCAAGUUUGCGUCGGGCCGUGUGGGCUCCGAGGCAGACAAGCCGGCCUUUGAGGUCCAGGUGACCGACUCUAAGGCCUACCUCGGCGAGACGCCCCUCCACGUCCCUGCCGAUACGCCCGAGGGCGCACAGACCGGACAGACUGACGAAGACAAGAUCCGCGACGUUCCCGCCAGCACCACUUCGUCAGCCGCAGCGUCGGGAGGUACACCGUCGGGCAGCUCUCGCAAAUUCACCGUCCUCAAGGGCAUUGCCGCCCCCAUCGACCGCGAGAAUGUGGACACGGACGUCCUCAUCCCUGCUCGAUUCCUCAAGACGGUCACUCGUGCGGGGCUGGGCAAGUCCCUCUUCUACCGUGACCGCUACGACGACUCGACGGGCAAGGAGAACCCAGACUUUGUUCUCAACCAGGACCCUUGGCGUCAGGCCCGCAUCAUCGUCUCGAGGGACAACUGGGGCUGCGGUUCGAGUCGCGAGCACGCUGCCUGGGCCCUGGAUGACUUUGGUGUCUCGUGCGUGAUUGCCAAGUCAUUUGCCGACAUUCACCACAACAACUUGCUCAAGAACUUCUUGCUUCCCAUUACAAUGAGCGAUGCGGAGCAGCUGGAGGCCUGCAUGGAUGCAGCCAAGCGUGGAGAGGAGAUCGAGGUCGACCUGCCCAAGAAGACGGUCAAGCUGGCGUCUGGGCAGAGCUUUGCCUUUGAGAUGGACGAAUGGAGUCAGCAUUGCCUUGUUAAUGCGCUGGAUGACAUCGAGCUGACCCUGGCCAAGGAGGAGCACAUUGCGGCGUAUGAGGAGAAGAGGAGGCAGACGACGCCGUGGUUGGAGGGUCCCAAGGCGAGGAAGCUCGAGGCGAAGCCCGUGAGCAAGAUGGAGGCCAAGGCUGCUAGUGGGAAGUUGGACUGGUAGCGCGGUAUCAGUGCAGCAAGUGAGAGG